GUCCUCAGUUUGAGAGCAGAACCUGAGAGCAUGACAGCCAGUGAGCUGUCUAUAGGAGUGAUCUUCUUGUCUCUGACUGUGAUUGGACUACUGGGGAAUUUCUUGCUCCUCUACCACUACCUGUUUCUUUACCUAACUAGGAAAAGACUAAAGUCUACAGACUGGUUUCUGACGCACUUGGUUGCAGCCAGCAUCUUAACUGUGCUAUGUAAAGGAGUGCCUCACACAAUGGCAGUUUUUGGACUGAGGGACUUCCUCGAUGACACUGGAUGCAAAUUGAUUUUCGCCUUUCACAGAUUAGGUCGGGGUUUGUGUAUUGGCUGCACCUCCUCCCUUAGUGUCUUCCAGGCCAUCAUCAUCAGUCCCUGGGACUCCAGGUAUUCAGAGCUGAAAAUAAAAACACACAAGUACAGCUGUUAUGUUCUGUACAUAAACUGGGUAAUCCAUUUCCUUAUAAGCUCUGUAAAUCUUGUGCACAUGAGGGCAAAAUAUGGAAAUGAAAGCACAGCAAACCUGAAAUCGUAUCUCUACUGCUAUUCUGUCCGUCAUGACCAAACCAGUGACAUCCUGUAUGCAGCAUUGCUGUCAGCUCCUGACAUUCUUUUUCUGGAGCUCAUGCUAUGGGCCAGUGGCUCCAUGGUUCUCACCCUCUACAGGCACAAGCAAAGGAUGCAACACAUGUCCAAGACUAAUAUCUCCUCCAGAUCCUCCCCUGAGUCCAGAGCCACUAAAACCAUCCUUCUCCUGGUCAGUACUUUUGUCUCCUUCUAUACAAUCUCUUCCCUAUGUCAACUCUUUGGAGCUAUUAUGAAUAAACCAAGCUGGUCAGUGCUGCAUAUGACUGCAAUGGCCUCUCUGUUUUUCCCCACUGUUUGUCCUUUUCUCUUGAUGAGCCGUGACUGUCAGGUAUCCAGCCACUGCCUGUCCUUGAAAAUGAGUAGACAUUUCCCUAAAGCAUCUAAUCAAGAGCUGAACUGA